AUGAAGAGGGAUGGGUCACUUAGAGCGGGGUCCGUUCUUGGCCCCGCAGGCAGAGCGUCCCCUAGACGGGAAACGCAACCCGCUGGGUCAAACUUGGGUAAAUCACCCCGUGCUAUGAAGAGCCAGGUGCAGAAGCGGCAGCAGCGGAAGCAGGCGUUGCAGAGACGGCCGAACUCCCCCUGUGAGGUAGACACGAGCACGAGCAGAGGAGGGGAGGAUGGGUGCGGGUUGGGAGAGGAUCGGAGUCGUUUGGAUGAAGAGUGUUUGGGAAAUGACGUUGCGAGUUGCAGGGAGGCUGGUGGUGAAGCGAGCGGGGAGGACAGAGGAGUGGACUGCGGUGCUUGUGGCAAUGGCGAGGGAAACAGCAGCAGCAAAGGAAGACGAGCGACGGGGAAGGGAAAGCAGGCGUAUGGAGUGGCUACUCUUUGUUCUAAUGCGGUUGAGAUGGAUACAGAUGGGGAGGGAUUUGGAGGGGAGACACAACUGGGUGUGGCCUUAGACAGUUUGGAAGGAGAAGAGGAGACGAGCGCGGGGGAAACCGUUGUCCUCGUUAUAGGCAGUGGAAACACCGGGCUUACAACGGGGGGAGUGGGCCACCAAGGGGAGGAAAGCAGCAUGCUUGGUGGAGAGACAGGAGGAGCAGGGAUUGGCAGUGGGAAGGGGAAAGUCCAGGGGAUUGUAAGCUGUAGCGAGGCUGGGGGCGGGAAUGAGAUCUGUACUGGGGAGGACGCACUGGAAGAAGCCUUAGGUGUGGGAGUGGGGGAUGUACCUGUGUUGACUGUGGGAGGAGCAGACAGCCGGGAGGUUUUUGAGGGUGCUGUUGUGAGUGUUGCUGCCGGCCGUGGUGCUGGUGCACGCGGGGCGGCAGGGGGAAGGGGGAGGAGGAAGGGGUUGAAGGGAGGGAGUGUUGCGGGAGAAAGGCGGUUGUCUGGAGCAGGGUGGUCGUCAGGAGGAGAAGGGAACGCAGGCAGGGGGGGAGCACAUGAGAGUGAGAAAGAAGCGGAGAGUGAGGGGGUAGGAAGAGGGAAGGGACGGCAUGGAAUGGAAGCAGGGGAGGGUGAUAGGAACAAGGGAGAGUGUGCUGUGAAUGAAUCAGUGGUGGUUGAAUGUUGGAAAGAGAAUGAAGCCAUGGAUACAUGUGAGGGAAAUAGGGGAGGGGAUGAGUAUGAGAGAGGGGAUGAGAGUGGAGAGGAGAGGGGAGAUGAAAGGCGGGAUGAGUAUGAGAGAGGGGAUGAGAGUGGAGAGGAGAGGGGAGAUGAAAGGCGGGAUGAGUAUGAGAGAGGGGAUGAGAGUGGAGAGGAGAGGGGAGAUGAAAGGCGGGAUGAGUAUGAGAGAGGGGAUGAGAGUGGAGAGGAGAGGGGAGAUGAAAGGCGGGAUGAGUAUGAGAGAGGGGAUGAGAGUGGAGAGGAGAGGGGAGAUGAAAGGCGGGAUGAGUAUGAGAGAGGGGAUGAGAGUGGAGAGGAGAGGGGAGAUGAAAGGCGGGAUGAGUAUGAGAGAGGGGAUGAGAGUGGAGAGGAGAGGGGAGAUGAAAGGCGGGAUGAGUAUGAGAGAGGGGAUGAGAGUGGAGAGGAGAGGGGAGAUGAAAGGCGGGAUGAGUAUGAGAGAGGGGAUGAGAGUGGAGAGGAGAGGGGAGAUGAAAGGCGGGAUGAGUAUGAGAGAGGGGAUGAGAGUGGAGAGGAGAGGGGAGAUGAAAGGCGGGAUGAGUAUGAGAGAGGGGAUGAGAGUGGAGAGGAGAGGGGAGAUGAAAGGCGGGAUGAGUAUGAGAGAGGGGAUGAGAGUGGAGAGGAGAGGGGAGAUGAAAGGCGGGAUGAGUAUGAGAGAGGGGAUGAGAGUGGAGAGGAGAGGGGAGAUGAAAGGCGGGAUGAGUAUGAGAGAGGGGAUGAGAGUGGAGAGGAGAGGGGAGAUGAAAGGCGGGAUGAGUAUGAGAGAGGGGAUGAGAGUGGAGAGGAGAGGGGAGAUGAAAGGCGGGAUGAGUAUGAGAGAGGGGAUGAGAGUGGAGAGGAGAGGGGAGAUGAAAGGCGGGAUGAGUAUGAGAGAGGGGAUGAGAGUGGAGAGGAGAGGGGAGAUGAAAGGCGGGAUGAGUAUGAGAGAGGGGAUGAGAGUGGAGAGGAGAGGGGAGAUGAAAGGCGGGAUGAGUAUGAGAGAGGGGAUGAGAGUGGAGAGGAGAGGGGAGAUGAAAGGCGGGAUGAGUAUGAGAGAGGGGAUGAGAGUGGAGAGGAGAGGGGAGAUGAAAGGCGGGAUGAGUAUGAGAGAGGGGAUGAGAGUGGAGAGGAGAGGGGAGAUGAAAGGCGGGAUGAGUAUGAGAGAGGGGAUGAGAGUGGAGAGGAGAGGGGAGAUGAAAGGCGGGAUGAGUAUGAGAGAGGGGAUGAGAGUGGAGAGGAGAGGGGAGAUGAAAGGCGGGAUGAGUAUGAGAGAGGGGAUGAGAGUGGAGAGGAGAGGGGAGAUGAAAGGCGGGAUGAGUAUGAGAGAGGGGAUGAGAGUGGAGAGGAGAGGGGAGAUGAAAGGCGGGAUGAGUAUGAGAGAGGGGAUGAGAGUGGAGAGGAGAGGGGAGAUGAAAGGCGGGAUGAGUAUGAGAGAGGGGAUGAGAGUGGAGAGGAGAGGGGAGAUGAAAGGCGGGAUGAGUAUGAGAGAGGGGAUGAGAGUGGAGAGGAGAGGGGAGAUGAAAGGCGGGAUGAGUAUGAGAGAGGGGAUGAGAGUGGAGAGGAGAGGGGAGAUGAAAGGCGGGAUGAGUAUGAGAGAGGGGAUGAGAGUGGAGAGGAGAGGGGAGAUGAAAGGCGGGAUGAGUAUGAGAGAGGGGAUGAGAGUGGAGAGGAGAGGGGAGAUGAAAGGCGGGAUGAGUAUGAGAGAGGGGAUGAGAGUGGAGAGGAGAGGGGAGAUGAAAGGCGGGAUGAGUAUGAGAGAGGGGAUGAGAGUGGAGAGGAGAGGGGAGAUGAAAGGCGGGAUGAGUAUGAGAGAGGGGAUGAGAGUGGAGAGGAGAGGGGAGAUGAAAGGCGGGAUGAGUAUGAGAGAGGGGAUGAGAGUGGAGAGGAGAGGGGAGAUGAAAGGCGGGAUGAGUAUGAGAGAGGGGAUGAGAGUGGAGAGGAGAGGGGAGAUGAAAGGCGGGAUGAGUAUGAGAGAGGGGAUGAGAGUGGAGAGGAGAGGGGAGAUGAAAGGCGGGAUGAGUAUGAGAGAGGGGAUGAGAGUGGAGAGGAGAGGGGAGAUGAAAGGCGGGAUGAGUAUGAGAGAGGGGAUGAGAGUGGAGAGGAGAGGGGAGAUGAAAGGCGGGAUGAGUAUGAGAGAGGGGAUGAGAGUGGAGAGGAGAGGGGAGAUGAAAGGCGGGAUGAGUAUGAGAGAGGGGAUGAGAGUGGAGAGGAGAGGGGAGAUGAAAGGCGGGAUGAGUAUGAGAGAGGGGAUGAGAGUGGAGAGGAGAGGGGAGAUGAAAGGCGGGAUGAGUAUGAGAGAGGGGAUGAGAGUGGAGAGGAGAGGGGAGAUGAAAGGCGGGAUGAGUAUGAGAGAGGGGAUGAGAGUGGAGAGGAGAGGGGAGAUGAAAGGCGGGAUGAGUAUGAGAGAGGGGAUGAGAGUGGAGAGGAGAGGGGAGAUGAAAGGCGGGAUGAGUAUGAGAGAGGGGAUGAGAGUGGAGAGGAGAGGGGAGAUGAAAGGCGGGAUGAGUAUGAGAGAGGGGAUGAGAGUGGAGAGGAGAGGGGAGAUGAAAGGCGGGAUGAGUAUGAGAGAGGGGAUGAGAGUGGAGAGGAGAGGGGAGAUGAAAGGCGGGAUGAGUAUGAGAGAGGGGAUGAGAGUGGAGAGGAGAGGGGAGAUGAAAGGCGGGAUGAGUAUGAGAGAGGGGAUGAGAGUGGAGAGGAGAGGGGAGAUGAAAGGCGGGAUGAGUAUGAGAGAGGGGAUGAGAGUGGAGAGGAGAGGGGAGAUGAAAGGCGGGAUGAGUAUGAGAGAGGGGAUGAGAGUGGAGAGGAGAGGGGAGAUGAAAGGCGGGAUGAGUAUGAGAGAGGGGAUGAGAGUGGAGAGGAGAGGGGAGAUGAAAGGCGGGAUGAGUAUGAGAGAGGGGAUGAGAGUGGAGAGGAGAGGGGAGAUGAAAGGCGGGAUGAGUAUGAGAGAGGGGAUGAGAGUGGAGAGGAGAGGGGAGAUGAAAGGCGGGAUGAGUAUGAGAGAGGGGAUGAGAGUGGAGAGGAGAGGGGAGAUGAAAGGCGGGAUGAGUAUGAGAGAGGGGAUGAGAGUGGAGAGGAGAGGGGAGAUGAAAGGCGGGAUGAGUAUGAGAGAGGGGAUGAGAGUGGAGAGGAGAGGGGAGAUGAAAGGCGGGAUGAGUAUGAGAGAGGGGAUGAGAGUGGAGAGGAGAGGGGAGAUGAAAGGCGGGAUGAGUAUGAGAGAGGGGAUGAGAGUGGAGAGGAGAGGGGAGAUGAAAGGCGGGAUGAGUAUGAGAGAGGGGAUGAGAGUGGAGAGGAGAGGGGAGAUGAAAGGCGGGAUGAGUAUGAGAGAGGGGAUGAGAGUGGAGAGGAGAGGGGAGAUGAAAGGCGGGAUGAGUAUGAGAGAGGGGAUGAGAGUGGAGAGGAGAGGGGAGAUGAAAGGCGGGAUGAGUAUGAGAGAGGGGAUGAGAGUGGAGAGGAGAGGGGAGAUGAAAGGCGGGAUGAGUAUGAGAGAGGGGAUGAGAGUGGAGAGGAGAGGGGAGAUGAAAGGCGGGAUGAGUAUGAGAGAGGGGAUGAGAGUGGAGAGGAGAGGGGAGAUGAAAGGCGGGAUGAGUAUGAGAGAGGGGAUGAGAGUGGAGAGGAGAGGGGAGAUGAAAGGCGGGAUGAGUAUGAGAGAGGGGAUGAGAGUGGAGAGGAGAGGGGAGAUGAAAGGCGGGAUGAGUAUGAGAGAGGGGAUGAGAGUGGAGAGGAGAGGGGAGAUGAAAGGCGGGAUGAGUAUGAGAGAGGGGAUGAGAGUGGAGAGGAGAGGGGAGAUGAAAGGCGGGAUGAGUAUGAGAGAGGGGAUGAGAGUGGAGAGGAGAGGGGAGAUGAAAGGCGGGAUGAGUAUGAGAGAGGGGAUGAGAGUGGAGAGGAGAGGGGAGAUGAAAGGCGGGAUGAGUAUGAGAGAGGGGAUGAGAGUGGAGAGGAGAGGGGAGAUGAAAGGCGGGAUGAUGAGGGAGCGUUUUUGCUUCGAGAAGGAGAGGAGGUGGGGGUAGAGGUGGAAGAAGGGGAAGAGGAGGAGGAAGAUGGAGUGGGAGAGGGGGAGGAGGGUGACGAGGAGGAGGAAGAUAAGGAGGGGGAGGUUGUGUGUCAUGAGUUGCGGCUGAGUGUGGAAAUGGAGGAGCAAGCUAGAGAGGCGUUGGAGGGGGGAGAGAGUGUGCUGCUGGUUGAUGACGUGUCAGGACGGGCCUAUCAGCUGUUGCCAGCUGUCGUUGUGGAGGGAAUGGGCGUGGAUGGAGGGAGGGAGGUGGGGGAAGGUAGCGAUGAGGAAGAGGAGGAGGAGGAAGAGGAGGAGGAGGAUGGGAGAGAGAGGACUAUCGACGACACCAGCGUUGGCACCGAGAGGGGUAGCUGUAGCGUGUAUAGCCGCGGAGGUGGCGAGGGGUAUGGCUUUCCAGAGAGGAUGCGAGGGUAUGCGUCAGCAGCAGAGGCAGCAGCAGCAGGGGCAGUGUCUUUUGAGGCGCCUCAAGAGGGAAGUGGGGGAGAGGGGGUUGUUGGAGGAGGUAUGGACGUCGGGGCAAGGGCGGGUGCAGCAGGGGGAAGAGUGGGGGGAGGGGGAAGGGCGUCGACAGGAGCAGGGGUAGGGGCAGGUGCAGGUGUAGUUGCAGGGGCAGCGGGAGAAGCAGAUGCAGGGCGACUAGAGGGAGAAGGGGCAGUAGCAGGAGGGGAUACGUCACAGCGAGGGGAGGGGGGAGGCAGUGUAGGUGUUGGCUCAGGGCGUGGGGGAGGAGGGAGGGGGAUGAGAGGGGGAGGAGCAGCCAGAAGGGGCAGAGGGAGAGGAGGAGCGAGGGAGAGUGUACAGCUGGAGACACAAGAGGAACGACGGGAGGGAAUACAGGAGGAGGAACAGGAGGAGGAGCAGGAGGAGGAUCAGGAGCAGGGAGAAGGCGAGUACAGAGAAGGGGAACUGAUGAGUGAACAACCCAGUAGUGAUGGGCUGUCCACCGUACAGCCUGGCACUCACCUGUCUGGAGUAGCACAUUCGAUGGAGAGCGAGGGGAGGAGGGCGAGCAGUGUGAGGCAGCCGCGUCUCUGUGUGGCGUGCCCUGUGGUGCUGCGCCCUGGCCAGCAGCAGUCCUGUCAGCAGCUGCCAGAGCAGCAGGAUGUGGGUCUGGGGCAGCAGCAUCUCGUGCCAGGUCAGCUUCUGCUGAGUCAGCAGCAGUCUGCGUCGAGUCAGCGCAGACUGGGUCGGCGCCGCGUGUCUGUACAUGGGCUAGCGAGCAGGCAAGGCAGGGAGAGAGGAACUGUGGGGGAAAGGAGAACGGCGGGGAUUGUGGCAGGGGCACGGUCGGAAGGGGUGCAGAGUGGUGGUAGUGAUCUGGAGGUAAAUGAGGGAGAGAGGAGGGGCGGAGGGAUGGAGGGCGAAGAGGAAGAAAAUCUUCCUGCAGGACCUUGGGGCGGAGGGUCUGAGGGCGGAGGAUUUGAGGGAGGAGGAGCUGGGGGCGAAAUGUCUGAAGGCGGAGUAAGUGACAGAGUGGGAGGGGCUGCUGCGGAAGAGAGAAGGGCUGUUUUGGGAGCAGUGGAAGUGAACGAGGCUAAUGGUGGUUCGGAGCCGUUGGUACGGCAAGCAGCGAGUGGUGGUUCGGGAAGAAUUGAAGAGACCACGGAGGUGGCUGCAGAUACGGAGAGCGAGUGGUUAGGGGAUGGUGGGGAGGGGGUGAGGCCAGCUGUGGACGCAGCAGCAGGAGACUCAAAUGGCAGAGCCAUCAGUGAAGGUUCGGCAGAAGGUGAGGAGGUUCGGGAGCCGAGUGGGUCGGAGAAUGUAUUGGAGGAGGCUGGCUGUUUGCAAGAGCACGGCUCGCUGAUCGAGCAAAGCUUUCGUGGGGAGAAUGACGCUGGGAACGAGGAAAGCUCUGAGGAAGUGGAAGACAGUGGGCAUAGCGACAGGCUAGGGGUCAGUCUGGCAGUGGCAGGGGAGGCAGCAGCGGGCAGCCGCAAACAUGCAACUUGUUACAUGCAUCAACAGCCAGGUGGGGCAGCAGAGCCAGCACAGCCAGCAGAGGAGGGUACUGUACUAGCAGCACCUGACGCAGCACCUGAUGAGGAGCCCUACACAGGACCGAUCCAUGCACCUGAUGAAACACCUGACGUUGGAAGCAGCCAGUCAGCAGCUACAGCAACUGCAGGCCCCCAUGCUAGCUCACCAGCCGAUGCCACAUUGCCUUCACAGCAACCGCUCUCCACCCCUCUCUUUGCAUCAGAAAACAAUGCUGCAGCAACCAUGCAAUAUGCUUUUGUCGACCAUGCAACUAUGCAACCCCCCAUCACACCUCCCCCCAUUGCACCUUCCCGUAUGGCACCUUCCCCCCCUGCACCUCCCCCUGUCACGCCUCCCCUUGUCACGCCUAUCGUUGUCACACCUCCCUUUAUCGCACCUCCCCCUGUCACACCUCCACCUCUCCCCUCAACACUCUCCAUGCCUAGUCCCUCUUCCAUUGGCGAAGCAGCUGCUGCAGGCACGGCAGCAGCAACAGCAGCAGAUGCUUUCCACCAAUUUUGUUUUCCAUACUCGGACGAGCCACAACCACAGGUUCACCAUGUUACCAUGUUACCACAAGCACCAUUCAUUGGCACGCCACAAGUACUGCCUUACGCUCAUGACACACAGCAAACCUUACAGCCGGCCUCACAACAGGCCUUACAGCCUGCGUUACAACAGGCAAUACUACAGCAAUCCAUCGGCGUACAGCUCCUCCCCCCUGUGGGUCAGGAGCCUUUGCAUUCCACACCCUCCAAUCCGUUUGAGCCCAGCCUUGCUCCUCUUCCCCAUGCUCCCACUAAUCCGUUUGACCCAUCCCAUCCGUCCAAUCUGCCAACUUGUGAUCCAACCCCGGUGCCGAUGCUGGCCGCCAGCUAUGCUGCUUCUGCUGGGUAUUCCCUUUCUACCCCUCCUGUCCCUUCUGCCCCUCCUGCUGUAUUUGCCCCGGGCCCCCCUGUGCCCUGGCAUCAGACAUACCAACAGCAUGAGAAUGGGCCGUUGCCAGGUGCUGCACAGAUGACCACUGUCAAUACCGCCUUGCCUGUGCCCACGGGAGCACGCAUGGGCUCCCCGUUGACUCGAAGGGGGAGAGAUGGCCACACAGGCGCUGGGGUGUUGCAUUCAAGCGACAGCUUUAGCGGUGCUGGUGCUGGGGCGAGUAAUGCUGUUGGUGAGGGUGUGAGUGGUGUGGCUGGUAGCAGUAAUCGAGGAGAGGUGGUGUUGAGGAUGCAUGAGCAGAGGCAGCAGCAGCGGCAGCGGCUCCUGCUGCUUCGGCUGCAGCGUAUGCUCCUGACCCGUGGUGAGUCUCCUGCUAACGAGGAUGGAGAAGCAGGAGAAGGGGAGGAGAGCCAGCAGCAGAGUCUGACCCAGCAGCAGCAGCACCAGCUGUACGAGCAGUUGCAGCAGAGCCGUGGAGGAGGCAGGGACGAACAAGCCCUGAUUGAUGCUGCGAUUGAGCAAGCCCUCUUCGGCUCCUCCUCCUCAUCCACUCUGCUUACCAGCAGUGCUGCUGCUGCUGCUGUUGCUACUUCUGCUGCCCCAGGUUCUAGCGGUAUCGAGUCUUCUCGCCCUGCUGUCUCAAUGAGGCUUCCAGCAUCAGCACGCGUGGUGGCAGCAAUGGCAGCAGCAGGAACAAAUGCUGGGGCAGGGAGUGGCAUCGGCAUUGGAACAGCAGGCACUGUAGCAGGUGCUGUAGGGGGUAAUGUAGCACGUAGCACAUCAGGUACUGUAGCAGGCAGUGUAGCAGGAGCAGGAGUGCCACUGGUAGCAGUGCUGGGAGGCCCGCCUAUUCAAGUGUCAUCCAGACGAACCCAGAGCCCUGCUCUCACCCACACACACGCUUGGGGGGGCGGGGUAUCCAGCAGCAGAAGGCAAGUUGGGGUGGAGCGACAGAGAGGAGGAGCAGAGGAGCAGGAAGAGGAGGGGCGCAGGGGAGGUCAGGGACCGGCGCGGCAAGUGCCCUCUCUGCAAUAG